AGCGGACGGACGGAGUCGGGAUACGUGAGCACGAGAGCAUCGGUUCGCCCGCUGAGUGACAGCAGAUGCUGGACAGUCGCAGCGGCGGCGCGUUCAAAGGGAGCGGGACUCCGGUCCGCGCGGGGAAGUGGCGCGUGACGGUGCCAGAUGUUCCGCGCUGUGGUUGAUGUGCCGACGAUCAGCGUUUGAAAGUUGAGUUUCUGACUGAUCUGAGUGUUGGAAGCAACUUGGCGACAACGAUGCGAGACCGCAGUGCCGUCAAGUAGGAGCCCGACAGGACACACACACAGGUUGCAGACUAACACCCGAUGAUGGCCAAACUGCUGGAGAAGUCCGUCAGCCUGGUGUCAGACGUUCAUCCAGUGGCGCCCUCUGCUGUUUGAAAAGGCCAGCAGGAUGGAGGCUGUGGUGGAGGAGGGGAUGAAUGAAGUGAUCAUCAUGCACUACAACCAUUCUGGCAAGUGGGGGCGCCCACGCAGCAACGAGACCUGCAAGACGGUCAUGCUGCUCUUGAUCUGUGCGCUGAUCCUGCUGGAGAAUGUGACGGUGCUGCUGGCCAUGUGGAGGAACAAGCGCUUCCACAACCGCAUGUACUUCCUCAUCGGCAACCUGGCGCUGUCCGACCUGCUGGCGGGCGUCGCCUACGUGGUGAACAUCUUCACGUCGGGCCAGCGCACCUUCUUCCUGACGCCCACGCAGUGGCUGGCCCGGGAGGGCAGCAUGUUCGUGGCCCUCAGCGCCUCCACCUUCAGCCUGUUGGCCAUCGGCAUCGAGCGCCACAUGACCAUGGUGAGGCUGCGGCCCUGUGAGGCGGCAGGACGGGGCCGUCUGCUGGGUCUGCUCGGCGCCUGCUGGGCCGUCUCCGUGCUGCUCGGCGCCCUGCCCAGCCUGGGCUGGAACUGCCUGGGCCGCUUGUCAGCGUGCUCUACCGUGCUGCCUCUGUACCACAAGACCUACGUGGCCUUCUGCAUCAGCGUUUUCAGCGCACUGCUGGUGGCCAUCGUCAUCCUCUACAUCCGCAUCUACCGGCUGGUGACGUCCAGCGGGAGGCGUGUGGGUGGCCGGCCGUCGGAGUGUUCGCUGGCGCUGCUGCGCACCGUCGUCAUCGUGCUGGGAGUGUUUGUGGUGUGCUGGGCCCCGCUCUUCCUGCUGCUGCUGCUGGACGUGGGCUGCAGCCCUACACGCUGCCCCGUGCUCUACCAGGUGGACUGGUUCAUCGCGCUGGCCGUGCUCAACUCGGCUCUCAACCCACUCAUCUACACGCUCUCCAGCCGCGAGAUGAGGGCCGCCUUCUUCCGCCUUCUGUGCUGCUGCCAGGCCCAGAUGGACACGCCCCCUCCCAACAUAGGUCCGGCCCACUUGGGCACGGUCAUCCCCACUGUGGAAAACAGUAAGUCCAGCAUGGGCAGGAUAGACCAUAAGGCCACAGCACCAGCCAAGGCCAAGACAGCAACUACCCUAAAUCCCAGCCACCAACGCCCCGAGCCCCCAUCGCCCAUGACCUCACACCCCUCUGGUCCUGCCGAACUCCUGUCCGCGGUCUUGGUGAAGGCAGGUGCUCUCCCCUCGCUGAGUAAGUUCUGACCACAGGUCAGUCCCCUGUCCAAAAUCACAUCCGUAGGUGUUCAAAAAACGUACCAGUCCACACGGCCCUGAGUGUGUCCAGAUGGCAGAACCAGGAUCCGCUCCCCAAGGAAUGUUCCAGUUUUCUCUCCUUAUGUAGAAGACUUGAUUUGAGCCUCAUCAAUAAAAACUCAAAGUAUAAAAAGUUAAACAGCAGCUUCAUCUCCACACAUCUGGUUAAGGAUUUUACAUCUUCUAUUACAUUUAAUGGGGGCACGGUGGCGCAGCAGGCUUGGCCGGGUCCUGCUUUCUCAUGGGUCUGGGGUUCA